UCGUGCCUGUGCGUCAUCGCGUCCCGUGCUGCCGCCUGCCCGCCCCUUUCGCUCCGGUCAGACUCUCACACCCUCAUGGCUUCGUGAGAGGACACAUGGCGUCGCGCAGCCAUGACCCGACAACUACCCACUACAGACUGACAAUGCUCAAAUAACAGCCUCGGUUCUUUUAUUUGGGAAAUACCCCCUUUCCUGCGGUACCCUCAGCAGCAGCCAGCCGUCUGUCAGCGCCUGUCACCGGCCCAGGCACCGCAGCCUGCACCGGCUUCAUUUUACUGCUAGUUCAGUUUUUUACAGUUUAAGUUUCCACUCCAGCUCAGUUCAUCAUGGGUGUUCACGGCUUCCUCGAGUACAUAGAAAAGCACUGCCCCAGCGCCGUGGUGCCGGUGGAGCUCCAGAAGCUGGCCCAGGGGAGUAUGGUCGGAGGUGGCCGGCAGAGACGCCCUCAGAGCCCGCUGCGACUGCUGGUCGACGCCGAGAACUGCCUCCACCGGCUCUAUGGAGGCUUCUACACCGACUGGGUGAGCGGGGGCCAGUGGAACCACAUGCUGGGCUACCUGGCCGCCCUCUCCAAGGCCUGCUUCAGUGGCAACAUUGAGCUCCUGGUGUGCUUCAAUGGCGCCCUGGAGAAAGGCCGCCUUCACGAGUGGGUCAAGCGGCAGGUGAACGAGAGGCAGACCGCCCAGCAGAUCAUCAGCCACGUCCAGAACAAGGGCACCCCUCCGCCCAAAGUCUGGUUCCUCCCUCCCGUGUGCAUGGCCCACUGCAUCCGACUGGCGCUCCUCAGGUUCCGCGUCGGAGUUGUCCAGACCACGGACGACCACCACCUGGAAGUGAUAACCUUAUGCAAGGAGAACGGCUUCCACGGCCUGGUGGCCCACGACUCCGAUUACACCCUGUGCAACGUGCCACACUACUUCAGCGCCCACGCCCUCAAGCUGAGCCGCAACGGAAAAAGCCUCACGACCAGCCAGUACCUGAUGCACGAAGUGGCGCAGCAGCUCGAGCUCAACCCGAGCCAUUUUGUCAUUUUUGCGUCACUCCUAGGAAACCACAUACUGCCUGAUGAAGACUUGGCUGCCUUUCACUGGAGCUUACUUGGUCCAGAGCAUCCAUUAGCAUCUUUGAAGGUGCGUGCCCACCAGCUUGUGCUCCCGCCCUGUGAUGUCGUAAUCAAGGCUGUGGCCGACUACGUCCGCAAUAUCCCGGACAUCACUGACCUGGAGGCCAUCGCUAAAGACAUCUUCAAACUUUCACAGUCAUGCACUGAUGACAAAGUCAUCCGCUUCAGGAAGGCAGUGGAGUACUACUCAAUGGCCAGCAAAGCGCCUCAUCUCCCUCCACAGUUUGUCUCACCAAAACUCAUGGGAGUGCCUGCUUCAGUGCCAUCUCCCAAAAUGCUCAACAUUCCGCAGGCGCCGCUGCUUUUAAAACCUGGGGUCCAGCACUCUUACCCGGAGCCUCUGUUGGAGCGCAGCCUGGCUCUGGACACGUUGAACAAAGGCCUCCCAGAGCCGAACAGCUUCAGCCACAUUCCUCCUGAAGGGAAGCACACACCGCUGUAUGAGAGGUCUUCUCCCAUCACCCGGGGCCAGGCCGGGAGCCCCAACCACACAGAGGCUGCUUUCUUUAAUGCCUCCUCCACUUCCUCCUCCUCGGAGAACGAUGAGAGCUCAGGCUCAACUGCCAAUGACCAUAAGGGAGGUUGGGAGAAGAAUGGACAUCCUCCUCACUCUGAGAACACAAGAGACGGACAACUGGGAGACCAAACAAAGACUGACUUCUCUGUGACCUCUGCUGUGAGCCCCGGGUUGAAGGCUGCAGGUCUCCACAGCCUGAAUGCCCAGAUCCCCUCUCUGCUCUCCAUGCCCACUAGGAACCACAUGGAUAUAACCAUCCCACCUCUCCCUGAUGUGACCCCCGAAGUUCUAAGGGUGGCCGAGCACAGACACAAGAAGGGCCUGAUGUUCCCUUACGUCUACCAUGUUCUCACCAAGGGGGAGAUUAAGCUGUCUGUCACCAUUGAAGAUGAAGCCAACAAAGACCUGCCUACAGCAGUGCAGCUGUUUCGUCCUGUACGUCAAUAUGUUUACGGAGUGCUCUUCAGCCUGGCAGAGACCAGGAAGAAGGCAGAGAGACUCGCCAUGAGGAAUAAUUGCCUCCCUGAAUACACAUAUGUGAUGGUCAAAGAGUGGGCUGCCUAUAAAGGCAAGUCUCCCCAUACUCCAGAGCUGGUGGAGGCACUGCCCUUCAGGGAGUGGACCUGUCCCAACCUGAAGAAGCUGUGGUUGGGGAAGGCCGUGGAGGACAAGAAGCGCAGGAUGAGGGCGUUCCUGGCCUGCUUCCGCUCCGACACUCCAGCUAUGCUAAACCCUGCCAACAUCCCCACACCCCUCUUGGUGCUCUGUUGUGUGCUGCGGUUUAUGUUACAUUGGCCAGGAGUAAGAAUUUUGCGUCGUAACGAACUUGAUGCUUUCCUAGCCCAAGCACUUUCUCCUAAACUUUAUGAGCCUGACCAGCUGCAGGAACUGAAGAUCGACCACCUGGACCCACGAGGAGUCCAGCUGGCCGCUCUGUUCUUGAGCGGUGUGGAAAUGGCUCUGUUUGCCAACGACGCGUGCGGACAGCCUAUUCCCUGGGAGCACUGCUGUCCGUGGAUGUACUUUGACGGCAAACUGCUGCAGAGUAAACUCAUCCGGGCCAACAGGGAGAAGGCCCAGCUCAUUGACCUCUGUGAUGGUCAGUCUGAGCUGGUUUCCAAGGUGGAGAGGAUGCGUCAGGGUAUCUUGGAAGGUCUCAGCUUCACUCGUCCACCUCACCCUCCUGUCUUCCCCCCGCCGCCACCAAAUCCUCACGGGAUGCCUUUCUACGCCCCCAGCGGUUCCUUCUACCCCCCACCCACUGUGAUGCCUCCUCAGGGAAGAGGUAGGGGGAUACCUGGCCUUCAAGGAAUCGCGUCUCAGGGUGGGAAGCUGGAGAUCGCUGGUACUGUUGUGGGUCAGUGGGCCGGAAGUCGACGCAGCAGAGGAAGAGGGGGCUUCCCUAUUCAGGUGGUGUCUGUUGGGGGAGGAAACAGAGGUCGUCUGCGAGGUGUGAUAUCCACACCUGUCAUAAGGGCAUUUGGUCGAGGAGGCAGGUACCACACUCAAGCCUUACAGAGUCAUGGAGCGUACCUGAGUAAGUCUGCUUAUAAGCCGCCUCAUACAUCCGGACACGAUGCAGUGAAGGAGAAGAAGGAUCCCAAGCCGGAGGAGAAGGCAUCCUCCCCUGCACCGUGUGACGGCUCGGCCACGGAGAACGGUACAGACAAAGAGCAGGAGCAGCUGAAUGGAGAUAAAGAGGAUUGCAGGGCGCUCAUCGUCGAAAGUGCCUUCAGCAAUGACUCCAAGACGUGCAAUACUAAUCCUCACUUAAAUGCACUAAAUGUAGAUGGGGGCUGCCAUAGAGAUGAGGGCCUGGAGGCCGCCGUCUCAAAAAGAGAAGUGUAAGCCUAUUUUUCUAGAGAGGGUGAUGGAUGAAAGAUGGAGCAGCGUUAGGAAUACCUGAUAAUUUGAAAAGCCUACAGUCAAAUGUACAUGUUACCUCUCAAAGAAUAGAGAUGAAUUUCAGAUCUCUCUCAGUAAACACACAAUAUAUGACACACCGCGAUAUGAAGGAGUCCCUGGUGACAUCCCAGCGUCACCAUCGUUUCUACAUGUUUAAGAGAAUUACACUUUUCCUUUUCUUUUAAUACUAAAAGCUUUAAGAAGCUUUGAUUGGGAAUAUUUUUGUUCUUAUAGGUUAAUGAUCUACCAGUACUUGGCACCAUGUACACGUGACAGUACAGUUUAAUCAGUUUUGUGUUGUCAUGAUAGCUGCACGUUGAAAACUACACGUAGAAACAGAAAAGCAAAAUGCAACAUGUCCCCUUUUGGUCAAACACUUUUGUGUUUGAUUCCCACUGAAGCAGCAGCUCUCUGAGGUUUCUGCCACUUAGCUGUAACGUUUAAAUUUAUUUUUUUCAAAAAUGAGACACAAAAGAUCUCUUCACACCCUGUUAGGUUUCCUCACGAGUGGAGCUGUAGCAGCUCCGCUUUAACACAAACCUUCUGCAUGGUUCACACAUCAAAGAGGUGUGUAGUUAUUAUGCAUGUCGUCCUUUUUCUUCCAUCUUUACAAGCACCGUGCCCAUUUGCAAAUUGAAGAAACGAAGAAUACCAGUGAUAUCCGAUAAAUGAUGUUAACUGCUAGUAACAGAUUUGUUCUGACCUUGUUUAUUUCCCCUGUGAUACUGACCUCUGUUGCAUUUAGUUAAAAAACUAAAAAACAAUAUUAUGUAGCUACUUUGAACUAGUGUAUUCAUACUGUAUUGUUCUCUGUUGCUGUUCUGCAUUAGUCAAAUAACUAAGAAAAAAAUUAUUCAUAGCUUGGAUCAAAGUCUACCCUUUUGUAGCUCAAAGCAACGUACUCGACCUUCUAAUGAAAACUUUAGCCAUCAGCCAGUAAUUGACUUUAGUGUUGUUUUUACCCUCACACCACCUCUACACCAGGAUCAUAAUUUAUCAUGUCCACUUAAUAAUUCUCCUAAAGCUUCUCAUUGUCCAUUAGUGAUCAGAGAAAUGGUGUACUGUACCCCCCCCCCCCCCCCAGUCCCUCUGCAAGAGCUGAAUAUAGGUUACCUUCUAUGUGAGCUGAUCACAGUUUCUUCCUAACUCAUGGAUGUGAAAGAUGAACUGCUGUUGGAUUGGAUGUUGGAUCAUGGGGAUGGUGUAUUUGAAGGAAACUUAGCUACAGUGCUUAAUAAAACUAUAUUCUUUUAGUACAACA